UUGGUUUCGUAUGGUACUUUGUUGCACAUUGUGUUUAUUUUGCUGAAUGGUUGAUUCCGCAAUUUUGUAUACAGUAAAGAUGUGCUUAAAAUUAUUUUGAUACAUUUAUUUCCUGCUCUAUAAUGUUUCUUCUUGGGAGUUUUCCAUGGUUGGUAUGUGCCAUUUUUAAAACGUUGUCUUUCUUUGCCUGUAUGUUGUGUAUCUUUGUGUAUUGUACAUCUACUGCCUUGACAACAAUCCAAUAAUGCACAUUGUAUACACAUGUAAAUACUACGAUUACUACAAAUUGCCCUUUUCAUAUCUUAAAUCAACAUGAAAACACAAUGAACUUAUUUCGAUGAGUCAUAGUUAUGUUAGAAUAUAUGUCGCCGUGAGUUAUUGAUCAUAUCAUCUUUACAGUGAGUUUCACAGACGCAAAUGCUGUGCAAGUUCAAACGUUUUUGAUUACACCUCCCAAAUUUAGUCAUAGUGAAACUGACGUCAUCUCAAAACGUGGUACAUUGUGGCUAUCACGACAUGUUAGCCUGAAGCACAUUGAUGGUUGAAUUCGUUUUCAAUUAUUCAUACGGCAGAUAUUUAGCCCUUCGGUAGAAUCCAGUCCGCGUUUUCCCGCCACCUGACGGACGUCCAUUAAAUAGCCUGAAGUUGACUGGAGAGUGUAGCUUGACUCUGGCUUCGGUACCUAAUGGAUUGACAUUGGGUUUGUCUUUCAGGUGCUAAACUCUCUGUGGCAGCAUGACAGUUACAGUUUGGCGUUACGUUACGUUAAGAACAACGCAGAGCGAUAUGUCGGUCACGCGCGGGUCGAAGGGAAAAUGCUGAAGGAUCAGUCGUGUUGUACAGGCGGGGAAUAUUAUCAAUACUGUCUCUCUGGUAUGUAAAGUAUUUCAACUUCCUUCAAAGUGUUCGCAACAACACGGCAAACUGAUGUUUAUUUACUUAAGUAUGGCUAUUUUCAAUUGUUAUCACAUUUAAUAGUUUGUUAACUGCUUUGUCCAAACCGAAACAAACUGUUGAGAGAUAAGCGUGAGAGGACGUUAAGCGAUUAGUCAGUUACCACAACGUGUCUCGAAACCCAGAGAGCUUCCUACGUAGAUGCCUGACCUGGCGUCUGUGUUAUUAAAUAAAAGCUGUCUAAGUAGUGGGCGUAAUAUGUGUUGAGACACGGAGCGCGUGUAAACGUCUGCGAGGUCCUCGAGAUUCACUUGUCAACUCGAACUUAUCUCGCACGCGCCUUUAAAAUAACUUUACAUUGAAGUUACAGCGUUUAGUAGUUGAUUAUCGUUUCACUCUGCACACGUAAUGCAACAUUCUCAAUGUAAGCUUUCUUGAAAUAUUUCAAAAGUGCUGCCCAGAGUCAUCUUUGUAUUGUUUCCCAUGCCGGCUGUCCUGUACCCCUCCGCCCUCACUCUGUCAGCUCAGCUAUGCCUCAUACUGCCAAAGUACCCAAGAGAUCAACACGUGCGUCUGUAAAGCAAAAUGUCAAGGGGUUGAAAGCGUUCAUGACCACAAGACGAACGGUCAACUCGCUCAAAGCUUAUGGCUUGGCUACACGGAGCCAAGAUGAGAUCAAAAAGUCAACAGUCAAGAAGCAGGCAGUCAAGAGGGGUGUUGUCAUUAAGCCUGGCAGGAGGAGAGGCAAGAAUCUCCCUGUUGUCAAAGGAUCCAGGCACACGCGUGGUUCUUUGAAGCAAAAUGGCUUGUUGUCAAAACUUAAUAGUCAAGGGAAGUCACCUUGGGGCAGUCUCUCAUCUCAGAGCGUCUUAAGGGACCUUGAUUCCCGCAAGAGGUCGGGUACAGGCAGAAAAGGAGGUCAGAAGAUCAAGGAACAGGAUACUGAUACUGUAAGUUCAGAACCUCAUGAUCCUAAUGGUGACGUUCUACAAAUAAACUCCUUUAUUCCGGCUGGAGAAGGACUGACCAUUAACAUCGACUCUGAGGAGGUUGCGGAGGAGCACAGAGAGACUGUUGUUCACAACACUGACAAGGCAGAGGAGGAGAAGCUGAAAGCAAACACAGAAACAGCACAAGCUGAAAACCGCUCGGCUUCUAACGAACAGCUGAACGCGGCACUUGUUGAGCAGGGUGACCGUGUCAGCAACGUAGAUUUUGCGUACAACAACAAUACCUCAGGAUUAACAUCUCCAUCCCCUUCACAGGCAGAUAAGUACGUUUCAGGUCAAGCUGAGAAGGUCGACGAUGAACCACACACAAACACAGACUUUCCUGAAGGAAACGCUCCAGAACACUCUGCAGAAGCAGGUUUGACUGUGACUUCCCUAGUGUGCCAGUCCCCCAAAGAAACUGCACUUGAAAACUUUUUAGAUGCUCCCCAGGUGGACGAAACUGAGUUUCAUAGCACUGUAGUAGACUUGGAGGCCAAAGAUGAAACUGAGGAUGCUGAAAUGUCAGUGAAGAAAGAGGGAGCACUUUCUCUCCUCUCACUGAGCGCAAGGUUUUACGACAGCACACUUUGUGAUACGGACCGCGUGCCGGUGUCUUUUAACAGCAGCACCGAAAGCAGCCGGUCGUCAUUCGACAGUGAGUCGGAGUUGGUCCUGGAGCACGGAACAUCGGGAAACCCUCCUCUCCAAGCUAAGGAUAUCCAGCUGCAUUUACUUCGGGUUCAAGAGAGGAAAAAGAGAAGUCGCUGUGGAGUUUGCACGCCCUGCCUGCGCAAGAUCAACUGCGGGGAAUGCAGCAGUUGCCUGAAACGAAAGACAGGUCAUCAGAUCUGUAAGCUGAGGAAGUGUAUUGAGCUAAGGAGAAAGCCCACGAAGAGCUGCACUGCUGAGGUUGAGUCAGACGGCUACUCAGUAAAUGGCACAGGUUCAGAGCAGAUGGAGGAGACCAGUGUGGCACCAGAGGAAGAGGCUCAUUACAUAUCCCCGACACACAAUGUUCCACCUGACGUUCCCACGCCUCCACAGCAUGGCUUACAACCAGCACCUGCUGGAAAAGAGCCCAGGGCCACUGAAAGCAGAGAUGCUUCUCUCACUCACAACAUCUCUGCAACCUCUAAAAAUGGUGCUGAACAGAUCAAACCAAACACUGAGAAACGUGUGUGUCUUACUGACCCGCAAGCAAUGUCUCGUAGAACUACGACUUUGUUUAACAAAACGCACGGACACGAGACGCUCCGGGUCAAGAUGGUUCCCUUGAAGAAAAUCAAACUGGAGGAGCCCAUGGUGGAGAUUGACAACCCGCAUUCGAAGACCAACGUCGAGUAUGAGGACGCUUUAUCCACAUUAGCAGCUGUUGUUUGCUUCUCCAGUACGGACCGGAAAGGUCUUGAGGAGAAGCUUUUCGGACCUCAGGCCUCAGAUGUGGGUUGUUUGAAAUCUGAGCCGAAAGAGCCGCAUCAGUGUCAGUCAAAUCAAAGAGAAAGUCCAAUGGAGCCUCUUCAGAAAAAUAACAUUGCACUUACCCAAUCUUCACCCAAUGUCCGAUCUCUGGUCCAACAUAGGAACAUUACCGCUGAUCAGGCCAUUGCUAUUGAAGCCCUCACCCAACUGGCAGCUACCCCACAAACAGUUGAAACCGAAAGCCAGAGACGGUGCUCUCCGCUAGAAAGCACGACAUCGCCGCACUUCGCUUCAUGCGACUACAUACCUCUCCGAGAGGCUAAAUCGGUUUCAGAUGGCGUCUCCAACAAGGUCUCUGUAAUCAGUUCAUCAUUGCACCAGACGUCAGUCAUUCGCAGCACUUUGAACAGACAGGCCAACUUCGCCCAUCACCGCACAUCCACCCCAAAAAAACUUUCCUUAAAGGAUCUCCUGGUGGCCAGCUCGGAAUGCGAAAAGCUAUCAAACGCGGCUGAAAACCGAAGAUACGACCAAGCACUUUGUAAAGGUGAAAGAUUCGAAGGCACUUUUAAGAAAUUCAAACAUUGUGAAGGGACUUCUCGAAGGAGGGACGAAGAGGAAGUGGCUGCCCAAUUGGUUCAACUUGCAUUUAUGAUCGAGUCAAGACAGAUGCAAGUCUCUGAAAACAGUCCGCCCAACGGUAUGCCAUCUCAGACAACCAAAUACAAUGGGAAUUUCGCGGGGCAGCACUUGAAAAAGCAAAGGAAACCGAGAAUGACACCAACAAAACCAAGGAUAUCAAAGAAGAAAGUUUGCCUGGAUGAUGGCAACCAAUGUAGGGUUCCUUUAGCCAGGAAAACGCCCAACAGAAAAACAACCCCGCUCAAGGCCACCAUCCAAAAAGCCAUUCUGCAACAAAAGAUGAGGAUUCAGCACAAGAGGAGCCCGUUUCUUCCACAAGCUCAAAUAGAUUUGAAAAAAUACAUCGCAGAGGCCCAUCACGAAAACAGACAACUGUUAUAUUACAGCAGCUCUCUGAAGAAAGAACAUAUAUGCUCCAGUAAACCCAACGGCUUUCACCUCAAAUACGAGCAUGGGGCUCAGAGUGAGUCGCAGCCAAAUGGACUCUUUCACAAUCACGCAAAUGACCAUCUAGGUGCUAGUCAGCUGCAGAGGCAUGAAUGUGAACAACAAACGAUUUCUCAGGUAUCGAAAACCUACGACGUGCUAAAUCCCGGUGCUAAACAACAGCCUCAGCACACCGCGCCUAGUGUACCCUGUAAAGACUCGGAUCAUCAACACUUGCACACGAAUCAAAAUGGGUAUUACAGGUUGGAGAAAUCCGGUGGUGUGACUGUGCUGUCCACACCCACUGUACAUUUACAAAAUGGUGACUUGGAGGACGCUGGAGAAGAGACUCCCACUAAACACUCACUCAACAGCUUCUUGGAGUCUCCGGUGAGAUUCUUGAACACACCAACCCGGAAUCUCCUCAAUACUCCCUCUAAACAGUUAACAGAGCUGCCGUCCUGUGACUGUGUGGAGCAAAUUAUCGAGAAAGAGGAGGGUCCGUACUACACGCACCUCGGAUCUGGUCCCAAUGUAGCAGCGGUUAGAGAGUUGAUGGAGAACAGGUACGGCGAGAAAGGCAAAGCAGUCCGUGUGGAGGUCGUGGUCUACACUGGCAAAGAGGGGCGGAGCUCGCAAGGUUGCCCAAUCGCCAAGUGGGUCAUUAGACGGGGAAGCGAGGAGGAGAAGUUGUUGUGUCUCGUGCGGUGGCGUGCCGGUCACUGCUGUCAGAAUGCCGUGGUGGUCAUUUUGAUUCUGGCCUGGGAGGGCAUUCCACGUACCAUGGCAGACAAUCUGUACCAGGAGCUCACGCAGACUCUCUGUAAAUAUGGCUCGCCCACUAGCCGCCGAUGCGCCCUCAAUGAGGACCGUACCUGUGCAUGCCAAGGCCUGGACCCAGAGACGUGCGGUGCCUCCUUUUCUUUCGGUUGCUCAUGGAGUAUGUACUUCAACGGCUGCAAGUUUGCACGCAGUAAAACGCCCCGGAAGUUCAAACUACAAGGAGACUGCCCUGAAGAGGAGGAGAAACUGGAGAAACAUCUGCAUAACUUGGCAACAGAUUUGGCACCCGUGUACAGAAAACUCGCACCUGAGGCCUUUCAGAAUCAGGUAGAGAUGGAGCAGCUGGGACAGGACUGUCGGCUGGGCAGGAGGGAAGGUCGACCGUUUUCUGGUGUCACAGCAUGUGUGGACUUCUGUGCUCAUGCCCACAAAGACACACACAACAUGACCAAUGGAAGCACUUUGGUAUGCACUUUAACCAAGGAGGACAACCGUGCCGUGCGGAACAUUCCGGAGGACGAGCAGCUGCACGUUCUGCCUCUCUACAAGAUCUCUGACACAGAUGAGUUCGGCAGGCCUGAGGGCCAGUGGACUAAAAUAAAGACCGGGGCAUUGCAGGUACUCUCCUCUUUCCCGAGGGAAGUGCGGAUGUUAGCCGAGCCCGUCAAGUCGGCCCACAAGAAGAGGCUGGAAGCUAAAAGAGCACAUGCUGAAAAACUUAACGCUCUGGACAAUAAGCAAGUCACCCCUGUGAAAGUGAAGAACGAGACCCAUAAAGGUUUCAAACACACUCCAGGUUUGGAGAAAGUAGCUCGAGCGAAUGUUCCACCUUGCAAUUGCCGAGGGUUCCAGAAAUAGGAAGCACAUUUUCAGACUUUCACUCUUCUGAUCCAUACGUUCGCACGCAGUCCUCAUCACCUCACUCUGAGUUUUCCCAAACCCAGCUUGUUUCCUCUGGGGGAACCCCCCAUGCUUCUCUUAAAAAUGGUCCUGGAGUGGAGACCA